ACGCUCGUAGGUCUGUUGAAACCUAGAACCGCUGGCGAGAACCUUUCUACUUGGUUGGAAAUGGGGAAAACCUCAGACGACGUGUUCAAGUUACUGAAGCUGGACGACGGGGUGGAGAAUCUCCUCGCCCACCCAAACAUGAACACGUGGGCGUCCUACGUGGAGAUGUUGAACAAGCAGAGGCCGGGGAAGGAGGUGCCCAUGCUUGAGACGAUGACGAAGACCUACGGAGACGCAGCAGUGGCCAAGAUGAUUGAAGAGGCGACGAAGUUUUCCAGCACUGAGACCAUGGCGAGGGCAUUGAGGAGGGAAUUACUCGAGGGCUGGUCCUCUGCUAAGAAGUCCCCGGAUGAAGUGUUCAAGCUGUUACAGCUCGACGAGGGGGUGGAGAACCUUCUUACGAAUCCGGCUGUGAACAUCAUGUUGCUUUACGCCGAUGCCAUGGUGGCAAAUGCCCUCAAAGCCGGGAGGAAGGUCAAAGCUACAGAAGACCGGGCAACAGAGUUGCAGGGACUGCAGUUCAACCGAUGGGUUGAGGCAGGAAUCAAGCCACGGAAAGUCAUCGGGUCGAUAUUCAGCACCAAACACCGAGGAGGCGAUUGCGAAGCAGUACGCAGUGUACUACAAAUAGCAGAAAAAGUUUAUCCGAGCACGAGAAGGGUGGUAGCAACCAUGGCGCAUAGUGCACCCAGCGACCACAUCAUUUUUCUGUGUCAACUUUAA